AGCAUCUUCAGCAUCCCCAAUAUUCGUCCCCACAAAGCUAAACGUCCGCCAAAUUAACUCCCCUCCGCCCCAUACCAUCCCUUAUUUUGUUUGGCGAAAUCCGGCGCCGUUACGUCACGACGCCUCUAUAUUGAAGCUGAGUGCGAUGGCGUCGAGCCGACGGCGCGCGUCUACGUCUACGUCGUGCCUUCGCGAGACCUAAUUUCCGAAUUUUCUGCUACUGAUGGUGAUUAUUUACAUUAUUAUGUGUAGAAUAGGAAUGAGUUUUGUUAAAAUUUAGGCAAAAUUUGGCAAGCCGCUACUUUACAUACUAGCAAACUAUUGUCUUCCAUAUUCGCAUUGGCCAACUACGAGCUUGAAAUUCGUAGACUAAGGUGCCAUGCGACGACAGUCUUGUGCUGCUUUUGCAAUCCUGAUUCAAACCUCACCCUCGCCCCUAGACUUAUGAUGACUACUCAAGUAACAUCUCCUAACAAGUGCGAUGGAGGGCACUACAGCUGUUCACCUCCGAAAGAAUGUUGCAAGCAGGGUUGUUGUUUCUUGUUGGCCCCCUCCUACACUAGACCACCUUCAAUUCAAACCGGAAACAUGUUUUCGAAUCCACUUUUCCUAGGACACUGGUACUUUUGGUUAGCAGUAACAGCAACGAUCGCAGGAAUUUUGUGCGCGUGCUCUUUAUGGCGCAAGCAUAGUCAGGGCGGACUGUGUUGCAGGAACGGCUCUAAUUAUCCAAACAGGACUUGUUCGGAACCAGAUUCUUUAGGAUCUUGUUAUGCGCCUCCGCAGUAUAGUAGUUGUAAUAAUUUUCAAGCUGCUCCCCCGCCUUAUUCAGAGGUUACUUCCAAGCCUGAUAUGUAUCCUCUGGUGAUUAGUUAUAAUAAUCCAGAGCCGUUAAUCAAAAAUAACAAUAAUUCUUCUGGAUACAUUAUCCAAUAUUUUAGAAAUUUUAUUAGGCCUGUUGGGUCUCUCUCAGCUACUAGCACAAAUGAUUCUAUAAGCUCUAGUUUUUUAUGUAAUGUGGUAAAUGAAGCAAAUAGUCUAGUUCCGCCUACGUAUUCAAAUAUAGCCAGUUUGGAAGAAUUAGUUAUAGACUCGCCUUCACAUCCAAGUCCGUCGCCGAGCUCGGAAAGAAGAUUGCCUCGCAGCGCCUCUUCCGUUUCUAGUGCUACAACGGAGUACCAUCCAGUACUUCAACAUAGUCCUAGUUCAAGUAUGCAACUGAAAACUCUCUCGUCACCAUCGGGAGCGGCACCUCCUCUUGCUGGUGUCCAUCUACGAUUACCUUUGGCGGUCAACAAUCAGAAUACUUCAAGUCCUAUUAAUCAUAGUUUUGAUGCUGGUAGACGUGAUCUGGAUCUACAAAAUAGUUCGUUUAAAGAAGAACCCAAAACAGAAAGCAACAAACCUCGUUCUUCCUCAACGAUUUCACCACCACCAAUCAUUCGGGAGAAGCCAAUCUUCAGGCCUUCACGCAGACCCUUACUCCAACGAAGCCAGGAUUCUACAGAAGACGAAGAGCUAUUUUCCGCCCUCUUAAACCUGUCAAUUUGCGCUUCAAAUCCAGGAGAACAAACGCACCCUCAAUCCACCACGAUGUUGCAAGAUCUACACUUUGGCGUUACUAACAGCAUGACCGGGUCGGAUAUUAGUAGUUUGGCCAAUUUAGGUACUCCAGAUUCGCCACCGCGCGCUACUUCGCCCACGGUUGAGAUGAAGGAGCUUUUAGAUAAGAUUCAGCAGUUACCGGCACAAAAAAGCCCCCUACCGCCUCCUGUGUCGACUUCCUCAGGUCAGAGUCGGGCCUAUUUUCACCGAGUGAGGGCAAAAACCAUGUAUAUGCCUCUGGGAGACGUACAAACUGUCAAUUCAGGGAAGAGUCACAACAGGACUAUUCCUUUUGUCUUUUCUAAAAGCUGGCUCUCCCGUUCGGCGCCUUGCACACCCUGCGGAGCUCUGGCGCCACCGUUUCCCACGGGAAGGGGUAGUCAAAAGGGCAGCAAAACCAAGAUUACAGACGGUAGUCCGUUGUUAAAACAGCAUGCCGAAGAAACUGAAGACGAUCAUCAACGAGACGUGCGCUUAUGAUCAUUAGACAAAAAUUAAGUAUUUCAGUAUGUUGGUUGAUUGUUAUUUUAGUUAAUGCUUUUAGAAGAGGAUUAUUAUCUUCACUUUAGUAUUUAAAAAAAACACAAUACUGUUUCUCUAGCUGGUUAACUUAAAUCAUCGAAAAUUAUACGGGUACAAAUUUCACUAUUGUCCCUGAAUCUCUUGAACAAGCCUUUCAGACGUUUAUUUUCUAAGCCGGGAUAAAAAUAUAGUAGCCUAACUAAGAAUAUCCUCUUCUAAAGGUUUCAGAUGAUAUUAUAAUGAAAAUAGAUUUUUCUGUAAAUCUCUGCUACGUUGAAAUCGAAUUAGGCGCUCAAAUAUUUUUCGUGUGUAGGUAUUUGAACAAAAGCAUAAAAUGUUUCAAUUUAAGACAGCUAAAAUACAUUCCUUUUUACAUAGAGAAGCCAAAGAAAAAAAUACUUAUUUUAAUAUUAAUUAAUAAAUGCCAUUCAUUAUGUUUAACAUUAUGUGAUGAAAGUAGGAAUUUACAUUUUAACUUAUUGUAACGUAUAUUAUAUUUAUAUUGAUUGGGUAUUAGUAUCUAUUAUUGACGGAUUAUAAUCAAUUUACUCUUCUAAAUUAUAACUUACGACAAAAUUACUUUCCAUAAACAUUUUAUAAAUUGUAUUUUAAUGUUAAAAAAUUCAGAAAUCUCUAAAAUCAGAGACGUUAAAGUACAAUAGAUAACUUCUUUAUUGCUUUUAAACAAUUCUUAUUCCCUGUUUAAAAUGUUUUUACUAAAUAUAUGAAUUGUUAAAGGUCUUUAUUAGUAGAUAAUAAUAAUAAUUGUUGUCGGAUGUGAAUUUACUAAAAUUUAAAUAUUUUUGAAAAAUAAACUAUUGUAAAUAGUUAUCUAUUUAAUGCGCAAAUUUAACAAAAGACAAUUAAGUAUUUCAUUUUUAACAUUUUUACUACCGCUCGCCUUCCUUCUUUUCUACAAACAAAGAAAAAUGUGCUUUAAAUAAUCAAAAAUAAUAAUUACCUAUUAUGGGGCAAAGCAUCUUUUUUAAAAUUUUGAAAAAACAUUUUUGUUUUAAAACUAUAGGUUUUUUAUGUUAUAUUUAGGAUGACGUCAUCGAACAAGGAGAGACAAUGUUGUCAGUACCUAUUUUUUUUCUUAUAAUUUACCAGAAUGACAUGUGUCAAUAAUUCUGACGACAGCUAGAAAUAAUGAAAUGAAAAUGCUUAUACAAGUCAUGCAACGUCGCACGCCGUUGCCAACCAAAAACAACUGAAAUUCCCCUACUUCAAAUGUGUUAAAAAGUACUUUUUAGUUUUCUUAGGUUGGCAGCAGACAUUUACUAAAUGUGACGUUAUCCUAAAUAUAGCGUAACAAUUAUUUUCAGUACAUUUUCUCUAGAUUGUGAACUCUGUGGCUUUCAAACAAAUUAAUAUUUCUCUCAGUGGCCUAAAAAACGGACAAACUAAUGCAAGUUAUGUUAAUUUUUACCUUAUAAUUGUAAUUUUUUUGAUAAUAAUAAAAUUAAAUUUAUUAUUAAA